AUGCGUACUUUGGUGAGGACUUCAGCUUUGAGCUUACUGAUCUCCAUCAUUAUCAUGGUGCCCGAUUCAGGUAAUAAUUCACUUCUGAUGAAGCAACUGGAAAACCAGACAGUAAUACCUUGUUGUGAAGUUAACACUUCAGUGUCUGUGGUGAUGGAUACCAUGGCUGUGCUCCGCUGCCCUCAUACCUCCCCAUUGACAAGAAUAUCAACAACAUGGGAAAUAAUCCUCAGAGACAAGCCUUCCUGUAAAAAAGCAUAUAGGAGUGACACAGAUGAGACCAGGGAAAUCAACUGUACCGAUGACAGAAUAACCUGGGUCUCCAGACCUGAGGAGAAUCCUGACCUUCAAAUUGGUCCAGUGGCCAUCUCUCAUGAUGGGUAUUACAGGUGUACAAUAACUUCACAUGAUGGGACUUUCUGGCAUGAAUAUCACCUCCAAGUAUUAGUUCCCCCUGAAGUGACCCUGUUUCUAAGCAGGAAUAGAACUGCGGUGUGCAAGGCAAUAGCAGGGAAGCCAGCUGCACACAUCUCCUGGACCCCAGAGAGGGAUGAUUGUGACACUGUGGAAAUAUAUUCGGCUAAUGGCACAGUGACUGUCCAGAGUACAUGUGCCUGGGAGGACCCCAAUGUGACUACUGUGACCUGCUCUGCCUCCCAUUUGACUGGUAACAAGAGCCUAUGGAUAAAGCUGAAUCCAGGUCUCGGAACCUCAAGAUUUCCAUCAUUGACCUUCCUGAUUAUUCUCUAUGUGAAACUCUCUCUUUCUGUGAUAAUUCUGGUUAUCGUGGGAUUUGUUUUCUUCCAGAGGAUAAAUGAUAGCAGUCCUCCAUGA